CUCGAGAUCCCGCAUCCCAUCCCAUCGCGUCCGAUCCCGGCAGGCAGACCAAGCACCGAUGGCCACGCUCACCGUCCCCGCCUCCGUCCCGGCCGUCGGCGACGACUGCGAGCAGCUCCGCAAGGCCUUCGAAGGGUGGGGCACCAACGAGGCGCUCAUCAUCUCCAUCCUCGGCCACCGCGACGCCGCGCAGCGCCGCGCCAUCCGCAGGCACUACGCCGAAACCUACGGCGAGGAGCUCCUGCGCAGCAUCACCGACGAGAUCUCCGGCGACUUCGAGAGGGCCGUGAUCCUGUGGACGCUGGACCCCGCGGAGCGGGACGCGGUGCUGGCCAACGAGGGGGCCACCAAGUGGCAGCCCGGGAGCCCCGUGCUCGUCGAGAUCGCCUGCGCGCGCGGCUCCGCCCAGCUCUUCGCCGUCAGGCAGGCAUACCACGACCGCUUCAAGCGAUCGCUAGAGGAGGACGUCGCAGCCCACGUCACCGGCGACUUCCGCAAGCUUUUGGUGCCACUUGUAAGCGCAUACCGCUAUGAAGGACCAGAGGUCAACACAAGGUUGGCACAUUCAGAAGCCAAAAUACUGCAGGAUAAGAUCGAGCAUAAGGCUUACGCUGAUGAUGAGAUCAUCAGGAUCCUCACUACUCGAAGCAAAGCUCAGCUGCUUGCAACAUUCAACAAUUACAAUGACUCAUUUGGUCACCCAAUCAAUAAGGAUCUCAAGGCUGAUCCCAAAGACGAGUUCCUUAAAACUCUGCGGGCAGUGAUCCGGUGCUUCACUUGCCCUGAUAGGUACUUCGAGAAGGUCGUCAGGUUGGCUAUUGCAGGGAACGGAACAGAUGAGAACUCACUCACUAGGAUCAUCACUACCCGGGCCGAGGUGGACCUGAAACUGAUAAAAGAGGUGUACCAGAAGAGGAACAGCGUCCCCCUGGAGAAGGCGGUCGCCGGAGACACCUCCGGAGACUACGAGGGCAUGCUCCUUGCCCUUCUCGGGAAGGAGUGAGUCUUGCAUCUGUACCCAAUCGUGUUGCCCUUAAUUAUGUCGAUCAAAGGAUGAACUUGCUGUGCUAGGCCGUGGUCGCGCUGGUUGUGAGAUUGUUCUGUUGUACUGGUUUGCUGCACCUUGCAUGAUAGUGAUAAUAAAAUGGAGAUGUGCUUUAUGUUGAA